GUAACGGACAACACACCCAACACACACACAUAUAUACAUAAAGCUGAUAAGUUAAUUGGUCUAAUUUAACAAGUCUCUGAGUAUCGGAAAGACUAAAGGCUCCAAAAUGGAUGGCAAAUUCUUCGCCCUCCUCGUUGCGUUAGUUGCAGCGACAAGCUUUGAUGGAUGCGAAGCUGGGAGUCUUUGCCACGGUCCAACCAAACUGAACUGCACUGACAUGAUCGGCUGUGUCAAAGCCACGGACCGCUGUAACGGAGUCAUCGACUGUUGGGACCGCUCGGACGAAGAAAACUGUAGGCCGUCCUGCUUCUGCUAUGGCCACUCCAACAAGUGCGCUGCCCAAGGCGUUUGUGCUGACUGCCAGCACAACACGGCCGGCGCACGCUGCGAGCAGUGCAAGCCCGGCUACACCGGCAUGGCCACCCGGGGCACCCCGUUCGACUGUCAGCCCAUCCGCUACGUGCAGGUGGUCCAGGAACAGGUGCAGCAGGUGAUGCAGGUGGCCCGAAGGCCAAUGCAACAGGUGUUAAUGCAACCGGUCCAGGUCAUGCAGCCUGUGGCUUUCCGACUGCAGCCAGUACGGGUGCAGCAAGUCGCCCUGCCAGCCAUGAGGCGUCACGGCAAGAAGGGCUAAUAGCCGUCUGAUGACGUGACGUCAUUUGUUUGUUUGUUUGUUUGUUUGUUUGUUUGCCACCCCGCGAUGUCACAUUAUCAAACGAGUGAAUCGUGAUUUAAGUCAGGACUUGAGUGUGUUCCAGAUUAUCCUUCUUGUACGUUUGAUAUGUUGUGACGAACUCUCUGAACUUUCGAAUCUCAAAUCUUUAUGUAUAUACUCAACUUUGCAAACGUGUUGACACAACUGAACUUUUUUUUGAAAAUUUACAGAUAGAUUAAAAGCAUAUUAACAUUUGCAGUAAAAAAGUGAAAUACAAUACAGGUGUGCUUACAAUACAAUACAGAUUCACAAUCCUUACUCUGCGCUAUUUGUGAUAUAUAGAAGCAUUUUGGUCAUUUUGUUCUUACCUGACAAUGUAUUAUGACGACACGUACAUUUGGAAGUGAGCUACGGUUGUGAAGCUUAAAUCUAUUGCCAGGAAGUGUUAUUUCAUCCUUAAUUUUUUUAACAUAUCGAUUUACAUGAUUAAAUCGUGUGACAUG